AUGGCCUCCAAGAGGGCCACGAGGCCGUACCAGGCGCCCUACUCCGUCUUCGGCCACGGCGGCGGCCAGCCGCCUCCGCCCGUCUUCGCCACCGCCUGGGUGCGAGGUGUCCCUGCCGUCCGUGCGGGCACGGGGAGGUUCCCGAAGGAUCUCAGGAAGAAGAAGAUCUCGCACAUGUUGAAGGUGAUGAGCUCCACGGCGGUGCUGGCGCUGCAGGAGGUCCAUGGUUCGGAGGCGGAGCUCAACCACGAGAUUCACCUGGCCCACAAGACCGCGGCCUGCUUCGCCUCCAUCCCGAAUCGCGGCACUGGACAGCCUGGGUCGGCCGUCCGUGGCCGGCACGGCAGGAUCUGCCUGGCUUUGGGCGUCGGCUGGCUGCAGGUCCUCGGCGUGGUGCCCUGCGCCUCGAUCAACCGCGUGCCAGGCCACGCCCGCGGGUCGCGCCCGCGGCGGCGCGGCGCAGCCUGCGCCCCGCACGGUGCCGACCGCCGCGUGCGGACGCCGACGCGGCGGGGGCCGGUGGCGAUGCGCGGGACCGCAGCGCGGGCCGCAGGGCACAGAGGCGACGAGCUGAGAGCCUGGCUGGACGGCCUGGACAGGGGAGCUGGCAAGAUGCUGGAGUACCUGGAGCCGCUGCGGCUACACUUCGGCAGCCUCGCGGAGAUCGAGGCCUGCUACGUCGAGCCCGAGGGGCCCGACGCCGAGCAGGACAACAGGGGCAUGCUCCAGAGGGUGGACGGCCUCCUCUUCGAGGCCAUCGGCGCGAAGACGACGGGCGUCAAGCUGAUGCUGGCCAGGGGCGUCGUCGAGCUCGUCGAGCGCAAGGGCCGGCGCGAGGAGGAGGAGCCCGUAAACGCGGAGCCCUCAGUGACCAUGGCGGCCACGGAGGUGCGCCCCCGGCCGAAGCCGGGGCCGCAGGUGAAGGCGCGGCCGAAGCCAGCGCAGCCGGGAGCCAAGCCGAAGCCUCCGUCUGCGCCGCCCCCCGCGCACCUGCUGGCCCAGCGCGAGCGCGGCAAGGGCGCAGGCGGCGGCGCAAACUUCUCCUGA